AUGGCAGAGACGGCGCAGAGACAGAUGAUGAAGGUUUUUGGAAGACUGGCAGUAUCAAAGCCUACAAGGUCAACCACUUCAAACCCAUGCUUACGACGUGGUCUUGCCACUGCUGCUACUGCGGCUCCUCUAGAAAUCGAACGAGAUCCGACCGCAGCGCCGGUAUGGCAGGCGCACCGUAUAGACCAGCCCUCUCAACCUGCACGAAAGCGACGACGUAUAGACAAUCUGAAGGACAAGCUUGAACCACGACCAUUCUCCUCUUUUCUAACGGACAACUAUUCACGCCAGCACAACUACUUGCGUAUAUCGGUUACCGAACGAUGCAAUCUGCGAUGUGUCUACUGCAUGCCGGAGGAAGGCAUCCAGUUGUCACCACCUGAACAUAACCUGACAACUCCAGAGAUCGUUUAUCUCUCCGAGCUGUUUGUGAAACAGGGCGUUAACAAGAUUCGCUUGACUGGAGGUGAACCGACUGUGCGCAAAGACAUUGUGAGCCUUAUGCAGGAGCUGGGUCAACUGCGGCGGCUGGGCCUGAAAGAGCUUUGUAUAACCACGAAUGGUAUCUCACUUCAUCGAAAACUGGACCCAAUGGUCGAGUCGGGGUUGACAGCAGUCAAUCUCAGUCUCGACACAUUGGACCCUUUUCAGUUCACCUUGAUGACGAGGCGGAACGGUCACGAUGCCGUCAUGAAGUCGAUCAAUCGCAUACUCGAAAUGAACAAAUUAGGUGCAGGCAUCAAGCUGAAGAUCAAUUGUGUGGUGAUGAAAGGCCUGAACGAGCGGGAGAUAGUACCUUUCGUUGAACUGGGAAGAGACAAAGACCUCGAGGUUCGCUUCAUUGAGUAUAUGCCCUUCGAUGGUAAUAAGUGGUCGGAGAAGAAGAUGCUGUCGUUCAAGGAGAUGCUUGCUUUGAUCAGGAUACAAUACCCUGACGUUCAUCGAGUGCAAGAUCAUCCUAACGACACUUCCAAAACUUACAAGAUUUCAGGCUUCGCUGGUCGGAUUGGGUUCAUUACAAGCAUGACACACAACUUCUGUGGUACCUGUAACAGAUUACGAAUUACUAGCGAUGGUAAUCUCAAAGUGUGUCUCUUCGGAGACACCGAGGUCUCACUUAGGGACAUUCUAAGAGAGACAAACCAAGGUAAGCCAUUCGAUCUCGAGGCCAUGGAAGCGUUGAAACAGCUAGAGUCAGAUAGACGUGAAGGUCUUGCUGGGAGCGUUGGCGCUCUGGGCGUGUCUGAGCAUGAAGCCAAACUGCUUGAUGUUAUUGGUAUAGCUGUUAAGAGGAAGAAAGAAAAGCAUGCUGGCAUUGGUGAGCUCGAGAAUAUGAAAAACAGACCUAUGAUAUUGAUUGGAGGAUGA